AAGUAGCACUUUAGGUAGCUAGGGCCAAGUAAGCAAAUAAGGCCGGGGGGCGGGUGCUUCUUCAAAUUAUUAAACCGAACCAAUUCUCUUCCUUCUUUCUUGCGUAUUCCACCCCACAGCAUUUGUUCUUCAUCGAAUCUCCCACUAUUCCAUAGAGAGAGAAGGGACGUCGUUGGCCGGCGGCGAAUGUUCCAUCACAAGAAACCCUCAUCAAACAGCUGCACUACUAUGAAUGCCCACGGCGGCGGCCAUCACGAAAACAGGCCGCCGAUGUGCGUCCAAGGUGACUCCGGCCUUGUCCUCACCACCGAUCCCAAACCCCGUCUCCGGUGGACCGUCGAGCUUCACGAGCGCUUCGUCGACGCUGUCACUCAACUCGGCGGCCCUGAUAAAGCCACACCUAAGACAAUCAUGAGAGUCAUGGGCGUCAAGGGCCUCACCCUCUACCACCUCAAGAGCCACCUCCAGAAAUUUAGACUGGGAAAGCAGCCUCACAAGGAAUUCAAUGAUCAUCACUCUGUCAAAGAUGUUGAAAGAGCUUCCACUUUAGAACUUCAACGAAAUUCUGCAGCAUCCUCCUCGGGAAUGAUUGGCCGUAAUAUGAACGAGAUGCAGAUGGAAGUGCAGAGAAGACUGCAUGAACAACUAGAGGUACAGAGGCAUUUGCAGUUGAGGAUUGAGGCUCAAGGGAAGUACAUGCAAACAAUACUGGAGAAAGCAUGCCAAACUCUUUCUGGCGGGGACAAUUUGGGGCCCGUAGCGGCACCAUCCGGGCCCUACAAGCUCGGCAUCGCGAGCCAUCCUCCUCCUCCACCGCAGCACCGUCAUCACCAACAGCAUGAUCAUCAUCAACAUUCAGGCGGCAUGAGAGAUUUUGCAGGGUUUUCGGCAUUCCAAGAUCUCAAUAUCUACGGUGGCGGACACGAAGACGGCCAUCUCGAUCUUCACCAGCAAAGCAAUAUUGAUGGAUCAUCUUCUUCACUCGAUGGGUUUUUGUGCAACAACGAUGACAACAAUUUGUGCUCGGCAACGGCGCGUGGAGGAAAGAAGAGGCCGAGCGCGUGCCACAACGGGAAGAGUCCGCUGAUGUGGUCAGACGAGUUGAUGGGGACAUCAUGUGGGUCAGCGAUGGCCGCCGCCCAGCUCUCUUUGGACAGAGGCGGACACGGCAACGACAUUAUCAAUGACUCGAUUGUGGUGUCGGAGUAUUACGAGGCGAAGCCGUCUUUGAACAUUGCAGUUUCAAGAGGCGGAGAAGACCACGGGAUGGUAAACGUGAGAGAACUGGAGAAUAAAUUCGACCCAGCAGGCCAAGGGAGGCGCUCCCCUAGGGGAGGAGGACCGCCAUUUCCCGCCGGCAUUGUAAUGAACAUGAACAUGCAAGCCGCGGCAACGGCACAAGGAAGGACCACUACAUAUGGAUAGCAACAUACAAUAAUAAUAAAAGUAUCAGAAACAAAUUGAGUGCCGUAGUAAUAUGUAAACGCGCAUAAAAUGCAUGCAGAUUGGUCUCAGAUCCAUCUUCAUAUCCAUAUAUACUAGCAGCUUAGCUAUAGUCAAUUAUAUUAAUUACCCAUUAUGUACUUGCUAGCUAGCUUUUACAGUUUUACUCCAUCAAUCCAUCUGCUCAUAUAUAUAGCCUCAUAUAUGGAUGUGUUUAAGUAUUCAAAUCUCAAAUUUUGGUUGCAAAAAUUCCAAUGAAGA